AUGAACUAACAGAGAUGUCCCAAUAAGCAACAUAAUUUAUAUAGACAUUAAGCUAUCAGAUAUAAAGAUGAUACAAUCGUAGAUUCUACCCAUACAAAAUCAUAAACAUCAGAUUAGAGUAUUAAAUUCUUAAUAAUUUGAGAAUUGUCUAAAAUCUCAGAAAUAAAAGUCGUGAAUGAUUUUUCAGUAGAUUCAUAAUGCUUAGAUCGUAGUAGUAUUUUAGAACAAUCUUUGGAAAAUGAUUUGCGUUAAUGGCAAUAAGCUUAUAAGAUAGAUAAUUUGAUUGUCUAAAAACUUGAAAAAGGUUCAUUUUUAUGAAUAUAAUAGAAAUAAAAGAUAUUGAUAAUUAAAUAGUUUAGAUUGCAACAUAAUUUGAUGUUUGUAUGAACUUAUAAUAGAAAACAGAAGCCAAAUUUAAAGAGUUUUAAUAACUUAUGAAAGGUACAUAAUUUAUCAAGUUUUCUCGAUCUAAUUGUAAGAAAUGGGAUUAAAGAAUGAUCUUUUAUUGUUCAUUUUUAGAUUCAAUUUGUUGGAAAUCUAAAUCUUCAAAAUUUCCAUCUGCAAAAUAAACUAUUCCAAUAGAUUAAAUAAUUUAGAUUCAUACUAAUUAUAAUAAGUAUUAUAAUUAAUUAUAUGUAGAUAUAAAUUGAUAAAAAAGAAUUUUGUUUUGCCUUAAAAUGCUGAAUAAGAUUGUUUUUUGGCUAUUGAAGCAAAAAAUGGAAUUCGAUUAGAGUUAUUGGCAGAGAAUAAGGAAGAUUAAUUGUUGUAUGCCAAAAUUUUGAAUCUAUUGAUAAAUAAAGAGAGAGGUAUAAAAAACUAAAAUCAAUAUAUAAUAGAAUAAUAUAGUAUUGAUAUUAAUUUAAUAAGAAAAGUAUUAUUUAUUAAUAAUUAAAAUUAGAAUUUGGAGGGAUCUAAAAAGAAUUUCUUAGAAACAAUUGAAAAGUUAUAGCAAACCUUUAUUUCAACAACUUCAACACUUUUGAAAUAAGAGAGAGAGAAAACAAAAACUAUAAAAAAGAAAUCUUAACAUUAUGUUUUUUAGAGUAAAUUAUAAUUAGAAGAUAUGAAUAAAGAAAAUAAAAUAUAGUAAAAAUAAAUUAAGGAGUUGUAAUUGGAGAAUGAUUAUUUAGAAAGUAGAAUAGAAUAAUUAUAAGAAUAUUACACUUAAAGGUAAUUAUAAAUAAAGAGUUCAACUAAUCCUUAGUAAGUUUAGUUAUAUUAAAUAAUAAAAGACAUUAUAGGAAUGAAUGGAGAUUAAAAUAUUCAAAAUGAAUCUUAAUAUGAAUAUUAACCUAAAGAUUAUCAUGAAGAAAAUGUUAAAAAUUUAUAAAAGCUUUCAACUCUCUAUGAUAGACAAUAGAGCAUUGAAAUAGAAUUAAGAUAAUUUAUCAAGGAGUUGUAAGAAGAAAAAUCUUAAUUAGCAACUCAAUUAUAAUAAUCAUAAUUCGAUUUACAUGAAUAGGAAAUGUAUAUUAUUGAAUUAGAAAACAUAAAUAAUUUGUUACAGACAAAACUAUAAGAUGUGAAUUAAGUUUUAGAAUUCAAAGAAUAAUAGUUUUCUAAUUUAGUUUAAGAUAUGCAAAAAUUAUAAUAAGAAAUUCCUAAAUUGAUGAAUAAUAAUAAUAAUUAACCAUCUAUAAAUACCGAAACUAGAAGACUUUAAACUGAAAAUGAUAAAUUAAAAGAUACCAUCUAAAAUAAAAUAAGAGAAUUAAAAAAGUAAUCAUUAUUUUUAUUUUAGUUAAAUGAUAAAGGAUGAAAAAAAUUGGAUGAAUUUCUUUGUUCAAAUUAUUUCUUUUAUUUGUUACUAUAUUGCACCAGAUGAUUUAUCUUCUGACAUUAAUAUAACGAUUUAAGGACUGUAUUAUAAAUUGUGUGAAAAAGCUUAUGGAGAAUCAUAAUCUUAAUUAGAAAACUUGAUCAAUUUGAUUAAAUAGAAGGCCAAUUUCUUUUAAAAGUAAUAUUAAGAGGAGUUUGAACUAUUAUAUAAGGAUUAAUAAGCUAUAUUAUGUAGUUUAGCAUCUAGUAAUGAAUUAAAUUUAACAUUUAGGAUUACCUUCUCCUAAAACUACAAAUUCUAGAUAAUCAUCUCAUCAGACUUUAUAAUUAGAUAAGACAUUUUAGUCCCCAAAUAGAGUUUUUGUAAAAAAUAAAGCUAAAUUAUCAAAAGAUAAUCAUCCAUUAGAUUCUGUAUAAAUACAAUAUUUGACUUAAUUAAUUAAAUGA